AUGAAAGAUCCUUCACAUGGGAUAAAGUAUAAGAAGAAUGAGACAGCUAUACUGGGAGGAAAUGUGACUAUUUUCUGCAAUUUGACAACUCCAGCAGAUGUUGUGCAAAUUACCUGGCAGAAGAUCCAAAACUCUCUGCCACAAAAUAUCGGGACGUACAGCAGUAAAUAUGGAGAAAAGAUUCUUCCACCAUACGUAGACCGGCUGCAGUGUAAAAUCAUUGAACCCAAUUCCUCAUUCAUAACUAUCCAAGAAGUGACACUUGAAGAUGAAGCUUGCUACAAGUGUCUGUUUAAUGUGUUUCCACAUGGCAGUCAUGGAGGGCAAAUCUGCCUUAACAUUAUAACUGUAUCCGAAUUAACAACUGAACUCCAAUUUGAUCCUGACGCUGAUGGUUUUCUUAGCCUUGUAUUUUCAGCUGUGGGAAAACCUGCUCCUCGAAUCUCUCUUUUUCCCUCACAAGUCCUCAUUAACCCUCCGGAGGAAUGUCUUGCUCAGAACCCAAAUGGUACAGUAACUGUCACUAAAAUGUACACCAUCUCUUUGGAGACUGUGAGGUCCCUGGGACUCCAAUACCUGAUUGUGAACAUGGAUCACCCUUUAAAGAAUGAAGAGAAGAUCAUUCCUCUCUCAGUAAAGCAAGAAUGUAAGUAGAAGUGAUAGCCCAUAAAGGGGAAAUAUUUAUCUUUCUUUAAAAUUCACUACCAUAGGUUUUCAAAUAAAUCAUUUAAUUUUAAAAAUCUGAAUCAGUGUAAUAUAUAUUCAUGGUUAAAAGAAUCAAAUAAUGAAGACAAACUCUACUUCAACCUGCUCAGUGGAGCAGCUGUUCUUGUAUAUGGCAAAAAUUUUAAUUGCUCUUUUUGACA